AGGCUUACUCUCCCAUUUUCGAGGAAGUGGAGAAGGUUCGGUUAUUUGCGACAGCACUUCGACCGAGGGCUAGAAGCUUGGAUAACAGUGUCACGGAAGCACUUGGUCUGGAACGGAUACACUGCGUUAACGAUGGUGAAAAGAUCAUGUUCGGCUCAUUCAGCAAGUAGCUACAGUAGUCGAAGUAAACCACAUAAGCGUUGCGGGGAAAGCGGCAACGCGUAAAGAUGUUGUUGGACUCUCCAAAGACCCUCAUUGUUCGCGGAAUCGAAGGACCAGAAAUGCAGUCGACCAAUCGCAUUCGGGCGCAGUGAUCGUGGUCUGUGAGCUCUACAAGCGCCACGGUCUCACAUGUGUCUCGGGGUGUAUAUACACAGGCGACUCCAUUCCCCGCCCGAGUGGCUCAGUACAUACCAAGUAUACGGACGAUGGGUGCAUUGUUGCCAGCUCACAUCGAGAGUCUGGCUUGCCGAUGCUUCACGGGAGUAGGUAUGAGCAUCAGAACGCGCAUGAACAGAGCAAGGGCAUUCGCACUCACGCUGACGGGCCUUUUACUCCCCCUGCAAAACAUGAGCCCGCCCACCUACUGCACGCCUACGCCCACUACAUCACCCAUGACCGACAGCUCGGCCGCAAGAUGCAGCCGAAAAGCACGGCUCCCACACUGAAGGAUGUCUUGCUAUGGACUCUCCUCCUCGCUCCCGUCACCGCGGCCGCUCUGCAGCAGCAGCCGCCCCAGAAGGCAUACCCCUCCAAAUCCGCCAACUCCCUCUCCUACGUGGAGCACUUCCAAGCCCAGGACUCCCUGCAGACGCCAUUGAGCGGGCAGCGAGGCCACCGGGACACGUCGACGCACGAGCACGACGAAGACAAUGAGCGGCUGAGAUCGGGAUCUCACUCACGCUCUGCACGCACGCGGACCUCGUACAACGAGCGCGCCCUAGCGACUUAUGCCGCGGCCGAGAGCAAUCCGGCCGUCCGGGCACCACCUGCAGAAAGGUCGACGUCGGCUACGGCCGGCUUGACCUCGCGACUUCCGGCGCGGUCUCUGCAGGACUGGCAAGUCGAGGAGAUUGUCCUCCUGGCGACUGUUGAUGGGAAGCUUCACGCGAGAGAUAGGACCACGGGUGCUGCGAGAUGGCAGCUCGAGGUCGACACGCCGAUGGUGGAGACGGUGUAUCAUCGGCAUAACCAUAGCCUCGAUGGUAAGGCUGUGGGGCUAGACGAUCCGAUAUGGGUGGUCGAGCCUAGUCAAGAUGGGAGCAUAUACGUGUAUGCUCCAGGGACCGGCUUGGGUAUGCAGAAGCUUCCCUACACGGUGAAGGAGUUGGCAGACGUGCUUAGUCCGUUUGCUGGAGAGGGCAUGCCAGCCGUGACUUAUACUGCGGAGAAGAAGAGCACCCUAUACACGAUUGAUGCAGGCACUGGCAACAUCCUGAAGGUGUUCAGUUCUUCUGGCUCCAUGACCAACGACGACCGCAGUUGCCGCCGAGUGGACCCGCUGGCGAGUCUGGAUGACGAAGAGUGUGAGACAAUGGGCACGCUCAUCAUUGGCCGCACAGAGUACACCGUGGGCGUCCAGGAUCGAAACACUGGCGAGCAGAUCAGCACCAUCAAGUACUUCGAGUGGGGUCCCAACAACCGUGACCAAGAUUUGCGAAGUAAGUACACCACGACUUUGGACAGAAAGUACGUCUACUCCAGGUAUGACGGCUCGAUAUACGGCUUCGACCUUGCAGAGUACGGCACGUACGGAGCAAUGCAAGCCAGUAAGCCUCGUUGGAGCAACAAGUUCACGUCACCCGUGGCGAGGGUUUACGAUAUCGUUCGUCCUACAGACGACAGCUCUGCCGAUCCAGCUCUUGUAGUCCUCCCGCAGCCGGUCGGACCAACACUCGAUGAGCUCAGAAUACUAGAAGAUGAUGCCAUGAACAGCGUCUACAUCAACUGCACCGAGUCUGGCAGCUGGUUCGCACUGUCAGAAGCUAACUACCCUACCGUGACCGAGGGUGCUAGACCAGCGCAAUGCUAUAACGAUGACUUCUUCGGCAUGAACUUCCUACCGAUGUCGAAGGCGGACCGUGAGGCGUUCAUGGGUGUUCACCUGUUGUCACCGCACCCGCAACGACACGGCAUUCCAUUAAUCGGAGGAGUGGAUCAUCCACGCAUUGACCCUCCGCAACAGCAUCAGGAGCAUGGCAUACUGCCCGUCAGCCAACCUCCACAACCACUGCCGUAUGUGAUGAUCAGCGCAAUACUUACCGUGUUGGCGGUGCUGGCUGCACUGGGCUACCAUUACCGUGACCGCUUCCCACUCAGGCUGGGACAGGCCCGCACGGCUAUGGACGUUGUCUUACCCGCAGAAGGUAUCAAGACCAGCAUUGAGCCCGACGCUGUGCUUGUUAGAGACAACGAACCGGCCAAGGAGGUCAUUCUGCCGCAACCGGAAAGCGAUCAAGCUGUAGAAGGUGCGGCGGUAGGGCAGGACGGUAACGAACUAGCACGCAACGACUCUCCCGAAGAUGGCAUGGACGAUGAGGAUGACGGCCAGAGAGACACCAAGGAGCAGAAAAGGCACAAGCGAGGCAAGCGCGGUGGGCGCAAGCAGAAGGAGAAGGAGCAGGCCGCGGUCGAGGCAAGAGCGAAGCGUAAGACGUCGCACGUGCCUCAGCCUGCCGAAGUCAUUAGUGUCACUGCUUCCGAGUCGGCGGAAGUGGCUGGACCACUGCAGAUCAACAGCCUCGUCAUCCACAAGGACAAACUGAUCGGUCAAGGCAGUAGCGGCACGUUGGUGUUCGAAGGGUCGUUCGAAGGUCGUGAGGUGGCCGUCAAGCGGAUGUUAUCCCAGCAUUACGAGCUGGCGCUGCAGGAGGUGUCGUUCCUGCAGCAAAGCGACGACCACCCGAAUGUGAUCCGCUACUUUUGCCAGCAGAAGGACGAUCACUUCUUGUACAUCGCCGUCGAGCUCUGUCAGGCGAGCUUGUACGAUGUCUGGGAAGCGGACAAGGCGAAGACGGAAAUCAGGCAGCAGCAGCUCAACGCGCUGAAGCUGGCGAUCCAACAAGACGCCCCUAAAGCGUUACAUCAGUUGGCCGGCGGGUUGUUCCAUCUUCACAACCUCCGCAUCAUCCAUAGAGACAUCAAGCCGCAGAACAUCCUAGUCGCAUUCCCGAAGAGAGGACAACUCACCACCGGACCGCGACUCGUCAUCUCUGACUUCGGACUCGGCAAGAAUCUCCCGGAAAACGUGAGCACACUCAACGACGCCACCGUCAACGCCGGAACCUCCGGCUGGAAAGCGCCCGAACUCAUCUCCCAACCCAGCACCGAAAGCAAGACCAGCCAAUCGCACUCCCACAACGCCAGCGACAGCGCCAAUGGUCCCAACGGCGGCGGCGGCGGCACGAGCGGCGUCAAACGCGCCGCCGACAUCUUCUCCCUCGGCUGCCUCUUCUUCUGGGUCCUGACCGACGGCCAACACCCUUUCGAGGACGAAACGGGGUGGCAAGGCCUGCGCGAGCUCAACAUCAAACGCGACCGCAAGAAGAUGGGCGAGUUGGCCGGGUGGUCCGACGCGUAUGAGCCCAUGCAGUUGAUCACCUCCAUGUUGGAGCAUUUACCCGAGGAUCGGCCGACGGCGCAGCAGGUGCUCACGCAUCCGUUCUUUUGGCCGGCGGAGAAGAGGUUGGCUUUCCUAUGUGAUUGCAGCGAUCAUUUCGAGCGGGAGGCGAGGGGAGUGGUGGAGGAUGGGUAUGCUGGGGACAGCUACCAUCUCAGACUACUGGAAGACCGUAUGGAGGAGGUUGUUGGUCCGCAGCAUGAUUUUUUGAGGAAGUUGGAUCCGGCGUUGAUUGCCGAGUUCGGUCGACAACGCAAGUACAGUGGCAACCGGUUGUUGGAUUUGUUGAGGGGGUUGCGGAACAAGAAGAAUCAUUAUGAGGAUAUGCCGGAGGGGGUGAAGAGGAUGGUGGGGGGGUUGCCGGAGGGGUACGUGAGGUAUUGGACCGAGCGGUUUCCGAGGUUGUUGAUGGUGUGUUUCGAGGUUGUGGCGGAGGCGGGGUUGGGGGCCAGCGAUCGCUUCAAGACGUACUAUGAUUCGACGUAGGAGGAGCGAAGACGGGGGGUUUGAGGGCUGCGCUGUAAGACCGUAUUCUACGUGGGAGUGAGUGGGGCUUGAGAGGGGUGUUGACGGUUCGGGAAAGGGUAGGAUGAUUCGCAAGUAUCGAGCCAGAGA